CUUAUUUACGCAUGCGCUCAAUCAUUUGACGAAAUUUGGAAAAAUGGAAGCUAAAACGAGUGUGGAGAGUCUGAACGAAGUGUUUCGCUGUUUCAUCUGCAUGGAGAAGCCGAAGGACGCUCGUAUAUGCCCUCACUGCUCGAAGUUGUGUUGUUGCAGUUGCAUUGUGCGCUGGUUGACUGAGCAGCGGCCAAGUUGUCCGCACUGCAGAGCUGGACUGUUUAUGAGGGAUUUGGUGAAUUUGCGAUGGGCCGAAGACGUGUCUCAUCAUUUAGAUUCACUUCAAUCACAAGUUUGUCAUCUCUCUCCUGAUAGAGAAACAAAGUGUCGUGUUCACACUGAUGAAAAACAAAACAUUUACUGCAGUGACUGUGAUGCCUGCAUUUGUCACAAAUGUGCUCUUUUCACGGGACGACAUUCGGGUCACACGUUUCGUGAGUUGGAUGAUGUUUAUCAGGAGCACAUCAGCAUUGUAGAAUCUGAGAUUAGUGGCCUGAAGGAGUAUCUCACAAAUCUGAUUACAACAUUGAGUAAUAUGGAUAAGAAUGUUUGCAAUGUGAAAGAAGGUCGAGAGGAGGCAUUUCAACGUAUGCAUCAAGCAUGGUUGAUGGUUUGUGAACGGUUGGACACCGAAUUUAAAGAACGACUGCAGACUUUAAAAGAAAGCAGAAGUUCUCUUGACAAACACAAAGGAGCAGUGGAAAUGUUACUUCUUGAGAUCGAGUGUCAGAUGAAGUCUUUGGGCAGGACAGAGUUGAUCAGGAAGAGUUCUAGUCUUCGCAAACGAAUUCAGAAAGUACAAGGACAUGAUGUCAACUUUGCAAAUUCAUCUCCCAUUUCAAGCGACUUUCCUAAUGAAAUCAUGCCAUCGUUUGAGCGAGGUGGUUUACAAGAUACAUUCAGAAUUAGUGAUUUCAGGGCCGCUUGUGUGUCUGGCAAGCCAGUUUACAGUAACUCAAUGGUACUGUAUGGCAUCGAAUGGAGACUAAAAGUCUAUCCAAAUGGCAGUGAGAUGGUGAGGGAUCAGUAUGUGUCUGUGUUUUUGGAACUGGUCACGGGUCCAGGAGAUCCAUCAAAGUACGAGUAUAAGAUAGAAAUGACGCAUUUGCAAUCAGGCGAUCCAGCCAUGAGUGUCGGCCGGAAGUUUGUGUCUAUGUUUGAGGUCGGUGAAUGCUGGGGAUACAACAGAUUCUUCAGACUGGAAUGCUUGGAAUCAGAAGGAUUCUUGGUCAAUGAUUCCAUCGAAUUUCAAUACAGUGUUCGCCAUGCCAGCUUCUUCUACUUAUGCAGAGAUAUGGGAUGGUAUGUGGAACAAGUAGAAAGCGACAGGGACAGACAUCGUCACAGAUUGGAGCUGCUACAGAAGGAUGUGCCAGAGGUUGUAGACAGUUGCUCAAUGACAUCAACAGAUGCGCUUGCUCCAGUUACUGUCACUGACUGUCCUUGUGAUGUUGAGAGCCCAGCCUCAACGAUGACAUCAGCUCAAGUCGAGCUUUCAGAUAAUGCUUGCCAGCCAUUAGCAGCAGUAGCAGCACAGUCUGUGGCACAUGAGAGAUAUCCAUUAUCUGAACAACUCAACAGGCCGUGUGAACAAGACGCCGAGCAAAUGAGGGCACCAGAUCCUAAGCUCAGAUGUAGUAGUGGUGUGGCUGAGUCUGAGUCUCAUUCUCAUUCUCAUUUUGACCAAAACAGUCUUCCAGACGAUUUUGCAACUGAUUAUUCACCUCCAGUGGCAAAUGGUAGCAGCACAACUGAAGAAGGUCUUCACUCCUCUCACCACCAAAUAUUGAACGUGAGCAUCGACUUGGAUGAGUGGAGUGGCACUGGUAGUCACAGUGGAAGUGAUAGUGAUACUGAUGACCAAUAUGAUAGUCCCAAUCUCUCCAGUCUUCCUGUCUAUGAAGUAUCCGAUGCUAGCGAUGAUGUCGAUCUGUUACAGGAUGAUCAGGAACAUUCGUUUGCUGAAGGACUUUCUGCCUAUGCAGCUCAUCACUAUUCAACAGACUUCGUACCAACGGAAGUUAGAUCUAUUGCCUUCCCUACGCAACCAUUCGAACGAUCUGCCUCGCCUGAUGCAUACGAUAAUCCACCCGGUCUUCAGUCAUCCAUCGCUGCAGCUCUGUCCAGAUGUAGGGAUGGAAGGCCGAUGACUCCACCUUUCCAGCGAGUUCCCAUGUUCACUUGGCGACGACAGCGCAGGCCCGACAAUCAAUGGAUGCCUCCAUCAGAUGAAAACGAUGCUCCCUCUGUUGACAACCAAAGAAGUAUGUCUCUGCAAAAUUGCUACGUUCAUAUUCCUCCUACAAACCACGACAUUGUGGAUUCAGAGAUGUGCAAUUAUGAUUCUGCUACACAGUAGUAACAAACACAUAGCUUUAUGUUGAGAUCUGCAUUAUUUAUUAGACAAAAACAAUAGUUGACAAUAGAAUGAGACGAUAUAGACAAAUAUAGACAGCAACUAUACAUAAGUCUUGUCUCUUGCACGUAACAUUGCUAGAA